UUGUGUCGGUGGAAAUAUCAAUGCAGUGUUCGAGUUGAAAGAAAACUACCCGUAAACCCAAAGGCAUUUCUCCGAGAAAGGUGUCAUUUUUUUGCUGUUUCUCUCUAUCUCAAUCAUGGAAAAACAGAAGACGGUGAUGGGUUUGAUUCUUUUGCUUUUUGUUUCGGGUGUGAGUGCUUGGACUGGUGAAAUUCACGGAAGAGUUGUUUGUGAUGUUUGUGGAGAUUCUUCUCUUGGACCUGAAGAUCAUGUGGUUGAAGGUGCUGAGGUUGCUGUUCUUUGCAUCACCAGGUCUGGAGAAGUUCUAAACUAUCAGGCAUUCACAGAUGCAAAGGGGAUAUACACAGUGGCCGAGACAAUGCCGGAGAGUGAUCGUUGGGACGCAUGUCUAGCUCGACCAAUCAGUAGUUUCCAUGAACAGUGCACUCAACUUGGUGAGGGCAGCUUGGGAGUCAAAUUCAGUUACAAUCACCCAUCAGGAUAUUCACACAAUGUCAGGACCUUUGUGUAUCGACCCACCAGUGUUCCAACUUACUGCAUAUGAUAUAUAUGGUCUUGCUCCGAAUCUGUGAGUGCUUAUGCUUUGGUUGAACUAGUUCAAAACUAAUGAGCAUAUGAACAUAUUCUCUUUAUACUAUACAUGUAGGUGAAGUGGUGUUCCAGGUAUGUGUUUCUUUAGAAACUAGACAUAGUAAGCUUGAGACGUUUGAGUAAUUGUAAAUGAUAAUAUUAUAGAGAGCAAAGCAAAAUCAUAGUAAAUGGCACUGUCAUUGAACAGUGCAAUGAA